AUGAUCUUGGAUAUCUUGUGUCUUGAGGGCUACUCCAUCAUAAUUGGUCCCCAGCCCGGCAGCGACUGUGAUCUUGUCACGGACUGGAUACGCGUAUCGGGUAUCGCGGCCAUCGCGAGCGAUCGGAUCUUCCAGAUCAACUUUGCCUGUCGCAUGUUCGUUUUCCAGAUUCUAAAACAGAACACAAACGCCGACGUGGCGUUGAAGUUGGCUAAUGCAUUGCGUAUUGAUGUCAAGGGAUUGCAGAUAAUAGCGGAGAACAGGAUCAGGGAGAACUCCGACUUUAUCGAACUUGUGAAAAGGGGAUCCGACGAACCAGAUGAGGAUCAUUGUGGACCCGACUUCAAAGUAUUUAACUAUGUCGACAGUCUGCUAUAUGCCAUUGACUGUCUUAAUGCCCAAUUGGAUCCUCACAUCCCCUACGCACCCUCCUUCACCUUCCUCAAGGGAUGCUCCCUCAGGAAGGAAAACAGCGCGGGCAAAUUGAUGGACGCUAUGCACCACAUGCAUGCCAUCACCAGGCAG